UUUUGAAUCUGCAAAAGAAACAUUGUAGAAAUUGAUAUCUAAUAAGAAUUUAGGACCUGGGUUUGGGUCCAAAUCGUCUGAAAGUGGCCGCCAUUAUGGUCCUCCGGCAAGAACUUUUGGUGGGUUUCAUCUUGUUAUCAUUUUGCUUACCUGGGUCCUGCAAUUUGGUGUUUGAAGUGCAGCAUAAGUUUAAGGGUCGAGAGAAGACACUGAAUGAAUUGAGGUCUCAUGAUGUUCGUCGCCAUGGUAGGCUUCUCUCUAUCGUUGAUCUCGAACUGGGAGGCAACGGACAACCUGCUGAAACAGGGUUAUUCUUCGCCAGAAUUGGCCUUGGAACUCCUCCAAACGAUUACUAUGUGCAAGUGGAUACAGGGAGUGACGUUCUAUGGGUGAACUGUAUGGGCUGCAGCAAUUGUCCUGAGAAAAGUGAUAUUGAUGUGGAGUUGAGACUUUUUGAUCCAAAGGGCUCUAGCACUGCGAAAUUUAUUACUUGUGAUCAAUCAUCUUGCUCGGCCAUGUACGGCGGUAGUACGAUCCGGGAUUGCAAACCAGAUAUGCUCUGCAGAUAUACAAUUAUCUAUGGAGAUGGAAGUGCAACAACUGGAGAUUUUGUGAAGGAUUAUAUUCAUCUCCAACAAGUUGUUGGAAACCAUCAAACUACUGUAACUAAUGGCAGUAUAGAAUUUGGGUGUGCAACUAAGCAAUCUGGGGAGCUUGGUACGGCGUCUGAGGCGCUCGAUGGGAUAAUUGGUUUUGGACAGGCAAAUUCAUCUAUCAUUUCUCAGUUGGCUGCCUCUGGGAAGGUGAAGAAGAUUUUUGCACACUGCUUGGAUAGUGUAUCAGGGGGUGGGAUCUUUGCCAUUGGAGAUGUAGUGGAACCAACAGUGAAAACCACACCAGUGAUACCUCAUCAGGUUCAUUACAAUGUUGUUCUGAAUGGAGUUAAGGUAGGAGAGACCACUCUUGAUCUUCCUGUUGGACUAUUUGAAACUGAAUAUAGAAGAGAAGCAAUCAUUGACAGUGGCACAACACUGGCUUAUCUUCCUGGGCACAUUUACCACCCAUUGAUGCAGAAGAUCUUGGGAGCCCAACCUGGCCUGAAACUACGUACAGUUGACCACCAGUUUACUUGUUUUAAGUAUGAUGAGAAUGUGGACGAUGGAUUUCCAUUAGUAACACUUCUCUUCGUGGAGUCCCUAACCUUGAUAGUCUACCCACACGAGUAUCUCUUUCAGAUUCGUGAUGAUAUGUGGUGCGUUGGAUGGCAGAAUAGUGGGACUCAAUCCAGAGAUGGACGUGAGGUCACUCUCUUGGGAGAUUUGGUUCUUCAAAACAAGUUGAUUUACUACAAUCUUGAAAAUCAGACCCUUGGCUGGAUUGAGUAUAACUGCACUUCAGGGAUUAAAUUGAGAGAAGAAAAGUCAGGAAAAGUUUACACAGUGGGAGCCCACAGACUGUCUUCACCAGCAUCUAUUAUAGAGAUUGGCAGACUACUUCCAUUGUUGUUAGCUUUUACCCUAUUUUUUAUCCAAUAGCUUCUUUCUCUUCCUCUUUUGUUGUUUUCUUGAAUAUAUUCAUAUGGGAAUGGCAA